AUGCCGCGCCUUCUUACUUCCUUCGUUGCCCUUGCAGUGACGCUCGCCCCCGCCCUGGCGCAGCCAGCCGUGUCCCUGUUAACGGACAACGGAUACCCUACUUCAGGGACCCUCAAUCUCGUUUCGACGCUCCAGGCAGUAUCCACGCGCAAAGGCCAAACAUUCCACUUCGGCUCAACGUACGACACAUACGACGCGAACCAGUCGUGGUUCACUAGUGUCUUCUCCACCUUCUACAAGCACGUCGUCUCCGAGAAUGGAUGUAAAUGGGACGCAACAGAGCCGAGCCAGGGGACGAGUUCGCUCACAGAGUGUUUGGCGUGCCAGAGCUUCGCGACGACGAACGGUGACACUUUCCGGGGGCAUAACACCUUCUGGCACUCCCAAACUCCGUCUUGGCUGCCCGGGUCGUUCUCCGCGUCGCAGGUCGUAAACACCAUCAUCCCGCAGCACGUGCAGCAAGAAAUCCAGGGCAUGGGCGCAAGCAUUACUUCCUGGGAUGUCGUGAAUGAAGUCGUCGGUGAUGGCGUCAGUAACGGAAUGACUCCGCUGCAGUGUGUGCAAAACAAGAAGGUCUGGCCGACUGUAACAAGCGACGGCUCGAGUACGGCGCUUGUCACGGACCUCAGUUUCAUAUACGCUGCGUUCAAAACGGCCUUCACAUAUGCGGGAAGCAGUACGCGGCUGGCGAUCAAUGAGUAUAACACCGGCGGACAAGACGCAAAGACCGCCUGCAUCAUCUCACUGAUUCAGAACAUCCAAAACAACACGGCUAUCCCGUUCAACCGUCUUGCCGUAGGCUUCCAGUCGCAUCUGACGGCGAGCACCGGCGGUUUCUACACCAAGUCCGCGCUCGCGACGACUUUCUCGACCCUUGCGGCGCUCGGCGUCGAGUCGAUGAUCACCGAGUUGGACAUCUCGCUCAACUCAAACAAUCAAGCCAAUCUGCGCUACCAAGCUGCCAUCUGGGGCGACUACCUUGAUGCUUGUCUCUACGCAGCGAACUGCAAUGAGUUUAUCAACUGGGACCCGCGAGACGACCUUUCUUGGCGCGGAACCUCCGCCGCUGCGACGCUGUUCGACGGGAACGGCAACCCUAAGCUUGCCGCAUACGAGGUUGCGGCCCGGCUCGCCAACUACGCUGCUGGCAACGCUGAACCAUGCGCUACGGCGUCGGGAACCAGCGUGUGCACCAUAACCGGAUCAGGCCCCGGGACAGGAACUGGAAGCGGCACGACCACGGUCAGCAAAACGACGAGUGUGGGGUCAACGAGCGUGAGCACGCCCGGCGGCGGGCCGACUGGGUGCACGUCCGCACUCUAUGGGCAGUGUGGCGGGAUGGGUUGGACGGGGUGUACCAGCUGCGCGAGCGGCUCGACGUGCAAGUACUCGAAUGCCUAUUAUUCACAGUGUUUGGCUUGA